GCGACUAUGGGCCUCGAGUUUGGACAUCUGACACGGAUGCGGCAUGUGAUCACCUACAGCUUGUCGCCGUUCGAGCAGCGCGCCUUCCCGCACUACUUCACCAGGGGCAUCCCCAACAUGCUGCGCCGCACUCGGGCAUGCAUCCUUCGGGUCGCACCCCCAUUUGUGGCAUUUUAUCUCCUCUACACAUGGGGAACCGAGGAGUUUGAGAAAUCCAAGAGGAAGAACCCAGCUGCAUAUGAAAAUGACAAAUGAGCAACUCACCUGGAUAAUGGUUCCCUGUCUCUGCAAGACCCUUCUUUGGGAAAGGAGUCUACAUGAUAGUGCAUUGAAAACACAAUAAACUGUGGGCUGCACUGUU